AUGCACAGAGUCGGACGAUGGUUCGACCGCGGCCGUGCCUCGGUCAAUGCUUCAACGCACAGCUUGGACUCUCUAGAGGAGUCUCAAAAUCUAGAGACCGCCAUGCGGGCUGUAGACCGAAUCAUGGAUGACGAUAUCAAGGGUGCUGAAAGAGGCCUUGCCGAGGGCAACUCCUCAUUUCACAAGCUUGCCAAAGGCACGCUGGCCUUCAUGAAGGCUGCGUUGGGAUUCGAGCAGGAAUUCAUGAAGGAGGCUUCGGAAACGCUCUACGAGGCCGAAUCCAGUGCUUCAGCCAGUCACGCGAGGGCUCAGCACGACUCACGUGCUUUUCAAUCCACCAUCUAUGAAAGAGGCUCAGAAUUUGCACUGUGCCAGGCAGAGGCCCAGAUCAUGUCUGCCGUGGUUGCCGUGCUCAAUGAGAGUCUGACCGAGUCUCUGCGAGGGUUCUAUAAACUCCGCAAAGCAUAUAUUACCCUUGACAGCCUCGUGCAAAUGGAAAUCAACUUUAACCGCACGCGGUCGAGCAGCAGUCUGUCAGCUUCCAGACAUCAGUCCACUGACAGUUUGCACUCAUCAGCCUCCGAAUUGUCAGUCCGCUCGUCUUCAGGACGGCCAGAAGCCCAUCCUCCGCUCCACCAAGUCCAACCUGCUCAACCGUCUGGCCUCAGGAAUGCGGAAGCCGUUGAUACUCCAUCAGACAGUGCCUCUGACGAUGAAUUUCAUGAAGCAGACGAGACCAUUGCCGUUACAGACAGAUACAACGGUCGCGUGGAGGUUGAAGUCGAGUCGGACCCUACGACGGAACUGGACCUGGAAAUUGAGCAAAUAAAUAUACGCUCCUCAGAAAGCGUGCUGAAUCGAUCGACAACGGCGACGAUGGGAUUGCUCACAGAAGGACCCGACUCGGAAGUUUUUAACAACUCGCUUGAUGUUUUUAUUCACUCGGGAACCAAUCUCAUGUCUGGCUUGCUGGCGCUUCUCAUCUCCAUCAUCCCCCCAGCGUUCAGCAAACUUCUGUCAAUCGUCGGAUUUCGCGGUGAUCGAGAACGAGGCAUUCGGAUGUUGUGGCAGGCUAGUAAGUUUCCCAACAUCAACGGCGGGAUGGCAAGCUUAAUCUUAUUUGGCUGGUAUAAUGGCCUGGUCGGGUUUUGCGAUAUCAUUGCGGACGUGGAUCCCUCGAAGCCAGACGAUGUCGAAGCGUAUCCUGCUAAGCGCUUGGAGAUACUGCUGCUCGAGAUGAGGAAGAGAUAUCCCAACAGCAAUCUCUGGAUCGUGGAGGAAGCAAGAACAGCGGCCUCUAAAAGGAACCUUGAUCAAGCCUUGGCUAUUCUUGCUACUCCUGGCAAGAGUCAACUAAAGCAGAUCGAAGCGGUGCACAUGUUUGAAAAGAGUUUGAGUGCCAUGAACGCCCACAGAUACCAAUUGUGUGCGGACUCCAUGGUAGCGUGUGUGGACCUAAACGCGUGGUCUCGCGCUUUGUAUUAUUACAUUGCCGGUGCCGCCCACCUUUGCUUCUACCGCCAUGACAAAACUCUCUCCAGUGAAGAGAGAGAAAAGCAUGCCAAUCUUGCUGAAGAAAUGUUCAAGACGGCGCCAACCAAAGUCGGAAAGAAAAAGAUGAUGGGUAGGCAACUGCCCUUCGACAUGUUCGUGGUGCGCAAGAUUUCGAAAUGGGAAGAAAGGGCUUCUCGGUGGAAUUGCAGUUUCGUUGAUGCUAUCGGCGUGAGCCCACUCGAUGAGAUGAUAUUCCUCUGGAACGGCUUCAAAAAGAUGAACGAGCCGCAGCUGCAGAAAUCCUUGGACAACCUUGCAUGGUCCGAAUGCACACCUAACUGGAAUAAGGAGGAUGUCGAUGAGUAUGCGAUCCAUGACAUUCUAAAAGCUAUCAUCUUCAGAAACCUCCGCCGGCAUGAGGAAUCAAAGAGCCUGUUGAAAAGAAAGCUGUUGACUCAAGGGGCCCAUGAAUUCAGGGGCUCGAACAAGGAUGACUGGAUGGCUCCAACCGCACAUCAUGAGAUGGCGGUUAAUCUGUGGAUGCAGAGGACAGCGUACAUUCAGCAAAACGGGGCCACGUUCAUUAGAGACCCCACAGAGAAGGUGCCUCCACUGGACCUCGUUCAUGAUGCAAAAUUGGUUCAAGAAGCAAAACACCACCUGGAAAAGGCAAAAGGCUGGGAUAAGUACGAACUCGACGCCCGACUGGGGCUGAAAAUCACGUCCGCUCUCAAUGCCGUGAAGAAAUGGGAACAGAAACAUCCAAAUGCACUGCGAUGA